ACAAUAAAACCGUCUUUUUUUUACACACAUUCAUUUUUUCACAUUCACUCUCACUCCUCUCUCGCUUCUCAAUUCGAUCGUCUUCUCUUCUUGCUGCUUCGGAUUCAAAUUCCCACCUCACACAGUUUCAAAACCCGCAUGCAACUGUGUAACAGUGAUAAUAAUAGUAGCAAUGGAGAAUCUGAAUCCUCCUGAGGUUCUUGGCUCAAAAGGGUUAGUUAAAAAACAAGAAUUUGUUAGAAUCAUAGUUCAGUGUCUAUAUUCAUUGGGUUACACAAAGUCUGCAUCUUGUUUGGAAUUGGAAUCUGGGGUUUCGUAUAAAUCCAAGGAGUUUCAGUUACUUGAAUCUUAUAUCUUGAAUGGGAAUUGGGAUGAAUGUGCUGGUUUUCUUGAUUCUAUUAGGGAUAUGUUGGGUGAAUCAGUAGAGCCUGCUUUGUUUCUUGUUUUUAGACAGUGUGUUAUGGAGUAUUUGAAAAAGGGGGAGGAUACUCUGGCUUUGGAUGUGUUAAGGAAACGGGUUUCUGUGCUGCGGGUCGACCGGUGUAAGAUUCAUGGUUUGGCGAAAACCCUGCUUGGUGUUGUGGAUGAUGGUGAUGUUGGUUGUGAUUUACGAGGGAGGUUGUUGAUGGAUUUGGAGAAGUUGUUACCACCGCCAAUUGCGUUGCCGGGUGGUAGGUUGGAGCAUUUGGUUGAAACUACUGUUACGGCUUGGGUUGAUUCGUGCUUGUUUCAUACUUCGGCGAAUCCGGUUUCGCUUUAUGAGGAUCAUCAUUGUGGGAGAGAACAGUUUCCUACUACAACCACUCAGAUAUUAACUGGACAUAAAAAUGAAGUUUGGUUUGUUCAGUUUUCUAACAAUGGGGACUAUCUAGCUUCUUCUUCCAACGACUGUACAGCUAUCAUAUGGGAGGUGCAAGAAAAUGGGAAAUUGACAUUGAAACACACACUCAAUGGUCACCUACGAGCUGUAUCUUUUGUGGCAUGGAGUCCUGAUGAUACCAAGUUGCUGACUUGUGGGAACAUUGAAGUUUUGAAGCUGUGGGAUGUUGAAACAGGUACAUGCAAGCAUACAUUUGGGACUGAUGGCUUUGUUGUCAGCUCAUGUGCCUGGUUUCCCAACUCAAAUCAAUUUGUGUGUGGCAGUUUUGACCCUGAAAAGGGCAUCUGCAUGUGGGAUUGUGAUGGAAACGAGCUAAGAGCUUGGAGAGGAAUGAGGAUGCCCAAAGUUGUAGAUCUUACCGUUACUCCAGAUGGCGAGUAUCUUAUUAGCAUAUUCUUGGAUAAAGAAAUUCGGAUUUUACAUUUGGGAACCAAUGCGGAACGAGUCAUUUCAGAGAAGCACCCUAUCACAUCCAUUUCAGUUUCUGGAGAUGGUAAGUUCUUCAUUGUCAAUCUAAACAGCCAGGAGAUCCAUAUGUGGGACUUAGCCGGUACAUGGAAGAAGCCAAUGAAGUAUACAGGUCACAAGCAGUGCAAAUAUGUGAUUAGAUCGUGUUUUGGCGGAUUGAAUAGCACAUUUAUUGCAAGUGGUAGUGAAAAUUCAGAGGUAUACAUUUGGAAUACUCGGAGUUCGAAGCCGAUAGAGGUUUUAUCUGGGCACACCCUGACUGUAAAUUGUGUGAGCUGGAAUCCUAAAAGGCCACAAAUGUUAGCAUCUGCAAGUGAUGAUCAUACAAUUCGUAUAUGGGGACCGAGCUUAUAAAAAAGAGCUCAGCUUGAUUAGAUCAGUUGAAGACAGUGCAUAUUAGGUUAUGAAGCCUAGUUUACUGUAUAUAGAUUCUAUAUUGUUUUGUUGAGUAUGAGUUUGUAAAGUCCUGAUUUGUCCAUGCAGGAAUUUUGGCCUACUGUAAAUCCUCUUCCCAUUUAGUUAGAGCAGAAACUAGAAACUCAUGGGUUAAACUUAAGGUUGUUAUCGAUUCAGAUUUUAUAAUCAAUAAUUUUGUGAAUUA